AGCCCUCGCGACGAAGACGAAGCAACGCCGUCCCCGGGGCAUGCGCACCCGCCAUUCCAUCGCUCCGCGGACACUGUCGCAUGUUCUCCACCUUUCGUAGACUGGUGGAUACUUCUGUCCAUGUAGCCCGACAUAACAGCUGGAUGUUCGCGGGCAAGUCGCGAAUUUUUACGCAGGGCUAUCUCAAAACAAAAAAAAAGUUAUUGGUAUGGAGGACGAGGCCCAGACUGCAUCAUCGGCAGGGUCAUCACGCUCAUGUGCUUCAGGCAGUGCUCAAGGAUCUGAUGAGUCUGACGACGGCGAAAGCUCGUCUAGGUGCAACGGGGUACGUGAGGAGGAUCCGGAACAUGACAGUGAAUGCGAAGUUACGCUAGAGCACCAUCCGGUACCAUCACCUAUACACAACUACCCGAAGUCCUCUGCAAAUGGUCGAUCAUCUGGAGAUGCAAUUCGUAUGGAGACGUCGUGUGCCUCGACACCUUCCGCUGAGAGAGGCGCGCAAAACGAUGCCACGGAAACACCCACGCUUGAAACUGGAGGUGCGAGCGAAAGUCGAGCUGCAGAUAGUGAACAAGCGUCGGCAGUGCAUGGAUUCUGUGCGGUACCGCGUGAUGCAGUGGUUCGUCGUACAUCGGUGGCGGAAAGCGAGAGACGGCUAGAAAGAUCUGGUGCCGAGGUGGUGCCUGAACCCGGCAAAGACGAAUUCGCACAGGACGAAAUAGUCCCAGCUUUUAACGGCUUAGAGGAAAAUCUCAAAUUGGAACUCGAACAGAUGGGUGGCGGGGGUGAGCAGAUAAUAUCAGGCAAGACAGUCUGCAUUGAUGGUAUGAAAAGUGGUACUGUAGGAAACGUUGCCGGUAGCUUACACAUGUAUCCGGUCUACGAGAUGUACCCUGCCCGGCCAGGUGCGGAGCUGGAUUAUGCUGAUUCAUUCGCAGUUGCUGAAAACAAAAUUGCGAUGAAAAACAAGAAAUGGAACGCGACUGCGACGGAGACAGCUGGGUCGGACGAGUAUUCGGUUUACGACGUCCAACGAAUAUCACGUAGUCCUCGUGGUGCUCGUCUAUCAGUCAAGAAACACAGAAGUCCAUCAUCCAAGCAAAGGCAAACCGAUAAAACGAGCCCACAGUUUCUCAACAUGGCUAAUGACGACAUCGAUAGCCUUAGGGAAGAGGCUCAACUAGCAAAUGAGUCGGACCUAGAAACGGAGUGUUCCCCUCUUGGCUAUGAUUCUCCUCAACCACGAAUAAGGGUCAUACGCACAUCAGUGGAAGACCUAGACAACUUUGAAACCAUCUGCAGCCUCUUGGAAUCUCUGUCUGGAGACGUGAAGGGGGACUUUGACCGGUCAAAGAUCCAACCUAUCGUGCUUGAAGCAAGUUAUUUUGAGGAAGGUGAAGAUGACGCUGAAAAGUGGUCUCCUGAGAGGAAGAAGCGCUCGAAGAAGGCGAAAUCAACUUCGUCGGAAAUAGUGCAGAUAUCGCGUAAAAAGAAAAGGGAUUCGUCCAAGAAGACCUCCAGCUCAACCAGUAGGAUUGACAUAGACGAUGAAGGAAGCCAAGAAGUGACGCUGACAGAGGUAUCCGAAGGCGAUGGGCGCAAAAACAAGAAGGUGCGUUUCUUUAGAAACCUCGUCUAUAGGCGGAAGAAAAUCCCUUCAGGCGUGGCAGUAGGUGCAGCGAAAGACCGCAAACAGGUCUCCAUCGUGAAGAAAGCGGGAUGGAGGAAGGGGAAAGAAAAGCCCGUGGCUCGAAGGUCAAAAGGAGACGAAUCCAGCGAUCUUCUGGAAACAGAAGGAACCAUGACCAGUAAAGACGAGGCACGAGAAGCUAGUGAUGGAAGCAGACUUAGCAGGGCUAGUAAAGACAGCAGAGCUAGCAGGGACAGUUGGGGAACUAGGACUAGUGUCGGUAGUACUGGAAGCGCAGACAGUAACGGGACGCGGAAGGCGAGUCAUGCAGAAGGAGCGAGCCGAGCGACAGGUAAGGCAGAUGCUAGAAAGCAUGAGCGGAAGGAGGAGGUUAUGGAUGUGAACGAGGAGGAAAACUCGACAUCAAGCGAGAAAGGGCAAGAAAUGGAAGGAACACGGAAGGUGUGCGAAAAGAAACAAGGGGGCAUCAAGUCAUCAAAGGCAAAGAAAAAGGGCGAUGGUGAAGAGGAAGGUAUUAGGAUCAAGCGUAACGGCGGCGGAGGAAUUCGCCUGAUACUUCCACGUACAGCGUCCUUGAAUAUUGACAGUACCGGAAGCUGUGAGCGUUCAGAACGGCGGCUCUGUGACAAGUGUUCAGAAGAGGUCGUGGCAAAGAAACGCACGCGGCCUUCAGAGAGAUCCAAAGAGGUUGGAGAGAACCAACGACGCGAUAGUCCGCCUCGUCGGGGAGACGUUCCAUCAUACACACACCGACAGUUUUCGUUCGAACGAAGGGCAACAGCGAUUCCCCGCGACGCUGGGCGCAGCAGGAAGGAGGCCGACAUGAUAGAAAUGUUCGAGUUGCUUCACGGUCAGCAGCGUCGCGCCCCCAAUGAUCGGAGAGGAACCGCGGUAAACCGCUCAAGAAGUUCGUCGUACGAUCAACGAAAAGGCGAGAUUGACCCGCGAGGUUCAUCGUACGGUAAAAGAGACGCAGACGAGAUCCUUCCACAAGGUACGCGGUACGACCAGCGGGAAAGUUUUGGAUUCCGUACAAGAGACACUUCUUAUGACCGAAGAUAUGCACGUGGAACUCGCCCUCAAGACGUGCAUCACCGAAGGAAUCGGGGCACUACGAGGACGUCCUGCGAACAGGAGGAGCCUGAAUCUGGACAUGUGACACGGUCACCUGCAUCUCGCCGUGGUUUAGGACACCUAAAGGAAGUUGAAAUCGAAGUAUAUAACAAACGAAGGCCGUCACGGGACCGCAAGAUGGACGUGAAAGGAGAAAAUCAGACUCGCCACGGUCGUAGAGACAUUCUCUCGACUGUUCAUCCAGCUCCUGCAUCACCUCCUCCCUCAUUUACGCAACCGCCCGCUCACGCGUACCGGAGGGACCUUGUAGAUUUCACUAUGAGAACACCUUUGUCACCUCUGCUUUCUGGGGUACCACCUCCCCCCGUGCCACCACCUCCCCCUUUUGCUCCACCACCACCUGACUGGGAUUCCAGCAAGGGUGACCUCAGACAACAACCGCGAUCACCAAGCAAGCGAAAGAGACAGAAGGGAGUUGACGUUAGCAGGACAAUACAAAUUUCUCCUCCACGAGACGGGCACCGUAGCCCAGAGGUUUUCUAUAGACUGAGGACGAAAGCCAGUUCAGAGGAAUACAAGAGACCAGGCGAAAUUAUAUCAAGAACUGCGACGACUUCGAAUGACAGCAGGACUGACAAGGAUGGAGACUACAGACAAUUUAAGAGUUCCAAGGCCCGUUGGUACGCGGCUGAAUGGAAGAGCGAGGAAGGCGACGAGUUUAGACCGGAAUGGCUUUCGGGUGAUUACCAGAAUGUCAAUGAAAGUGACAUAAGACCGAGGUCACCACCAGGUGGUUACGUUGAGGAUGGCAGUAUGGUUAUUAGAACAGAAGGUACUGAAGAGUAUGAAAAAGAUAUUGAAGCAGAUGUAGAAGAACAAGAAUGGGGUAGAAGAAGACGGGGACAGCGUGAUAGAAGCAAAGAUUUUAGGUCAAGGAAACCACAGCAUCAGCAAGAAUGCAUAUCGGUUAGAGAUAGCAACUUCAUGUCAAGCCAACGACAACCUCAGCGUGGCAGGUAUGAGGCUGACAACGGCGGACGCUACACACCGGAUGAUCGAAAGAAAGAACGUCAGCAGGGCGACGACGGAGGAAGAAGGGGACCGUCACGAAAUUGGAAAGAAGGGACACCAGAACUAAGUGUGGAAACGCGGUAUGAACGCAGGAGGGAAGGAUUCGGAGAUUAUUAUGUAGAAGGCCAUAGCAGCAGCUCUGACGACGGUGGAAGAAUGCGACAACCAGGACGCACAACUACGAACACCGAAAACUCAUCGAGGAGCAGGUCUCAAUCACCCUCUCUAUGGUCAACACAGAGAGGACCGCUCAAGCGUCACCCUUCCAGUGAAUACGCACCCGCCGACACCAGCGUACUUGACGGGUCUCUUUUCCGUGCUUCGUUGAUUAGUUUUAGCGAUGGAUCCAGAAAACGAGAUUUACCUCGUGACUCACGGCGCCGUACCAGAACUAAAGUUCCCGUCGACGAAUGGGGAGGCCGGGAAGGCACACGCGAGGAAACUGACAAGUAUCGCCGCACAAAGAGGGAGACAGGAGGGACUGGUUGGAGAAGUAUAAUUUCAACGAGUCAAGAAUGGGAGGCGGGAAACCGUGAAGACGUUCGGGACAAACGCAGUCCUUGUCGAAGCUCCUCUAUCAUUAGCUCGAAGUCUGACAUUGAGGGCACUUCGUAUACAGGCUGUACAUCACGGACGGGCUACACUGCUCAGGCAGGUUACACGACCGCAACGUCCCACGUGGAAUCUGCAACGAAUAUUUCUGGAGCAACGAGUCCUAGAAGUGGAUCCCAAAGUCGUAUCAGCUCCAACGUGGACGUGCGUCAACGGCGGAAGAUUCCAGAAGUGAGCUCAGAAAUCAAUGUUACUCCCCACAACGCUGCAAGGCAAAAAUAUUCCGAGUUGGGCCUCACCCGUCGUGCAGAUACAGUGGAUUCCAACGCGGUGAGGAAACAUCCUCCAUCCCUGAGGGUAGGACCAGAUGCUAUUAAGGUGCAAGCUGGACAUAUUGCCCACCACCGCGGUAGCUCUCGUAGUCCUCCGACUUCUAAACAGAAACCAUCUAGUGUCGAACGAAGUCCGGAACCGAGUGUGGAACGCAUUAACCUGCAAAUAUUUCCUGAAGAAGGGUUGACUCCCAAGAUUAUUCUUGAGCAUCAGGACGGCGACGAAAAGCAGACGUUGAUAGUGAAGACAUCCAGGACGGAGGUAAAAGGUGGUGGGUCGUCCGAAGAUGUCACUCACAAAGUGAAAAAAGGCAAUGACAAAAGUAAAAGCUUAAAGAAUGAAGAGCGAGCACAGCAGAAAGGUUCUGGCAGUUCAUGUGCGUCGCAGUACGAUGAUGCGAAGUCAAAGGUCGGACAGGAAUCAAUUUUUAAAGCUAGCGUUGCAAGCCCUCGGAUAAACGUGUGGCAUGUACCCCCUGCAGAUAUGAAAAAAUAUCUAGCAUCAAGGCGUCCUGCUUUUUCAGAUACCAAUCAGUCCAGGUCGGGGUCAAGACACUCAGAGUCCAGACGUUCAGGGUCCAGACGUCUCGAAACAUCGCACUACAAAAGAAUCAAAGAGUUGAGACAGCGUAGGGCUUUAGAAGCGCGGCUCAUGGCGGAGGCUUCAACCACGGGUUACGAAACCAUCGACACUGGUGGCGCGCAUGAUCUGAUUCAGCCACACGUUGAGAUAAGCCAUGGGAAAGCCAGCCACUCAUUGUCCAAUGAGCUAAUUAGCCGACGUGAAGAAGCAUCGUCAGCUUUACCUGGACAAAGCAAACAGGAUCCUCAUGCUUCUAGUAGAACGAGAUGUUCAUCGAAGACAGAGAUAAAAUGCUUUGCAAAUACGGAAGAACAGUUUGGAUUGCCUACUGUAGGAACUGACCCAUUUCGUCAACCAAACGUACGAUCGGGUGCACAGAUCCCUCUCGGCAUGAUGCCAUCAAUGGGCCCUUAUAUACCGCAUCCAGGAACUGAAGGCUUGCAAGGUAUGCCUGUACAGCAAACAAUUAUAGUACCUGGAAGCGGAGGUCGACCACCGAUCUUGACACAGACACUCGGGCAAGGUCAGGUCAGCCCUAUCACUCUCGAUGGUAUGGAGAGCGGGCAGACAUUCCUUCUGCAGUCGCAAGGGGGCGGACAUACUAUCUUAACGCAGGUACACAGUACACGCACGCCAAAUACACAGGAGAAUGCCAGCCUGCAGACGCAGCAACCAGGAUUAGCGAGCAGUCAUUCAGCUACAAGAAUAACGUCAACACAUCGAGGUGGCCUGCCUUCAAUGCUUCCGCAGCAAACCGCGUCUCCGCAACCUUUACAUCUCUCUCCAAGUCUCACCCGAACUGUCCUCAUUCAGCCUGGACCACCAACAGCCGGACCAGAACGAUCCAACCACUUUCAACAGGACCCAAGAGAACAAGAAAGAAUAACCAUGAUCAAGAGCAACACGCGAUAUACUUUUCCUUCGCCGCCAAUGUAUCCUGCUCACAUGGGCCCAAGAUUCACUGGUCAAUCUAUUUUGAUUGGGGGCGGUGCGCAACCUGUGCGUCCCGCGCAUCACCACCACCACCAUCCGUUCGGGCCACCACACUGGCAUCAGCCGGCCUUUGCAUACAGACGUUCCCACAGCCCUCAAGGAAGGAGGAGUGGCUUCAUGGCCGAAGAACGGACGAGGCGAUCUCCACGAAAUGCGUUCUCGCAACCAGCCAUUCAGAGGACUGUAGGUACGCUGUUCACUUCAGAUUCGUUCAUGACUGCAUGCGAAGCUACGCAGGCACCUCUGAACGCGGCAUCCGACGGAGAAGCCGUCGUCACGUUGGCCUCCACGUCGGCUCCUGCUGUCGACCUGAGGAAGUCUGUGAGUGCGUCUUGUUCUUACUCUCAGUCUUCCGGAUCUGGUAAGAAUGCGUACAGUUUCACGAUCUCCACUGAAUCGCCGUCACGAUCAGAUGGUGUCGACAUCUGGGACAGAAGCAAACAAAGGUCCGUCGACCCAAUACUUCCGGAAGUCGCUCGCAACAGUAGAACACCCCCCAAAGGUCUCAGAAGGUUUACUAACAAGGGUCAGAGUGCAGUUUACUUCCUCCUGUGUAUAGUCGCCAUAGCGGGUAUUGCGGGUGCCAUAAGUUUGUACCGCAAGAGGAGAUGGACACACGAGGAAGAGGAAGAGAUAUUUGAAGGAGGCGAUAGCGCCAAAAUGUUUGGCCCGUGGCAGAGGUUUGACGAUGCGCGAAAUCCCUCUCCAAAUAGUACUGGCUCAUGCGUGAGUCUACACUGUAGCUUGGAAGCUCUAGCUUUGACACAGUCUGUAAAUCGCUCCGUAAAUCCCUGCGACGAUUUCUAUGGUCAUGCGUGUUCGUCUCAGUGGAAAGCGAAAGGAUCGUACGCGUCUUUCGAUGGUUUGGUGAAGAACGAAAUUCAGAGGGCGGUGGUAAACUUCUUCAAGGAGAACACUUCAGGCAACGGUGAUAUCGCGACUUCGCGGCAAUUCUGGCAGGGCUGCAUCAACGUGGACGAGAUAGUUCACUUGGGAAACGCGCCUUUCUUGAUCAUUCUCAACAUGACUGGGCUCCGAGGAUGGCCGCAUGCAGCCUAUGACUAUCAACCUGACGUCGCUGAGGUGUGGAGGAAAGCCGGUAAAAUCCUGAGACUCAUGUCCUUAUCUCCUCUCUUGGACGUGAGAGUAAUACCAUCGCUGCGUCGUAACAAGGGGGAAAUAAUCUUAAGCCGGGGGAAACACAUUCCUGCCGUCCAGCGUGAUUCUCGGAAAUACGUUGGUAGAGACGCCCUUGCGGGUGACGUUGCGAAAGCGUUUAAGGUGGUCCACCCGACGGGGUCCUACUUCGAUCAGGUGUCUUCGGAAGUAUCAGACUUCAUCCUUAAGUUGUCAAACUUGAGCGACGGCGAAGCAGAAAGACGAGACGGCCUCACGACGGUCGUUAAGCCAUUUAUCACCAAUGCCUUCGGGGACGAAGACAUCUCGCCUCCCAACGGGAGCUUGCACACGACGCAGGCUUCCAAAUUUGUCGAUGAUUUGGUUCGACUAGUUCAAGCCACGCCUUCAAGAAUAAUCCUGAACUAUCUCGGCUUCAGUGUGGUUCGUCACGCGUUCCUCUUCUCCCCGAGCAGCGCCAAGGAGGUCCUUUCCCUGGGCAAGAAGACUUCCGCAGCUGUGACGCGUGAAUCCGAAUGCGUUCGCGCACUUCUCGACGAUGCUCUUCCUAAGGAAAUCGCGGAACGUGUAGUCUAUGCUGCGGUACAGAAAAACGUUGACCUUCCUGCACUGAGGGUGCUGGCCUCUGACCUAAAGAAGAGCGCCGUUAAUCGGAUCUCAAAGUUGCACUGGAUGGAUCCGGGCACCCGAGCCCAGGUUGCUCGACAAUUACGAGAAAUUAACGUACGUUUUUUCUUCGAGAACGACACAGGGUCUGACAGCCUGACGCAAGGGCCUCCAUCUGGGCGCCUUCCAGAUGUUGUGCCUGGACAAACAUUGCUAUCGUACCAACACCUACGGUCUCAUCGCUUCAAAUCCUCCGUUGUGACUUCCAUAUCAGCAGGUGCCAGCGACUUGAGCGGCAGUUUUGCUCACGAGGACUGCACGUACUAUUCCGACCAGAAAGUUCUCCUAUUACCAUUGUCUACACUGAACGUUCGGGAUUAUCCGACUCCCUUUUCGUUGCUGUUUCAAGUUCCUCGCUUUGGGAUCAAGCUUCUACGGUGCCUCGUCCGUGCUCUCCAUUGCGGGAACAUUGAUAAUCGACCACGAACGCGGUUGUCUGUCAGAGUGUCUUCGGCUCUGUCCGCACGGCGCAACUACGAGAGAAUAAGGUCAUGCAUCAAUAAGCAGUACCUAAAGAUUAGGGACCCCGUUGAAAAUAAAUUAGCUAAUCGAGAAGACCUCCUCACAGCGCUGAACGUUGUCGACAACGCUGUCGUGGGUCCCGGUAAGGACGUCUACGAAGCGUACGCGUCGACCCUAAGGCAUUCCGGUUCAGUACGAGGUUCUGAGGCUCUGGAGGGCCUGACGUGGGCGCAGCUGUUCUACGUGUCGUACGCCCAGGGCAUGUGCGAAGUUCUCGACCACGAUUACAACUUUAGAAGGGCUAAGCAGCAUCACGAGAGUCCGAACUGGGAGAGGGUGAACGUACCACUUGGAAACGACGAGCAGUUUCUUAAGGUGUUCAAGUGCGGUGGAAGCAGUGCCAUGAAUCAGGAACCGCGCUGCCGAAUCUGGGACUAGCGAGCUGCAGCGUUCGUUGACCAAAUUGCUACCAAAAUAAAUAUUGAUAUAGCGCGUACGGCGAUCUGUUCACAGUAACAACCGUUUCUCUGGCCACACAUUCAUAUGACAAAAUAAAUGUGACGAAUAAACGUCUUGAAGAUCUCGA